UCAAGAUGGCGGUGGCAGACGUUCAGCUUGUUGUCAACACAUUGUUUUACAUUGCUGUGUUUGUUGGUGGCUUUGCGGUGUCAAUACCAAUUGGUGUUGUUAAUAUGAACAAUGGUGGAUACUGUUUUCUGUAUGCCUCAUACGAGAAAGAAGAAUGUGUGACGUACGGUGACUCUGGAAACUGUAACUUCCCUAUCUACUUCGCCGUGUUUGCGUGUAUAUUUUAUGGCCUAGCACAGACCUGUUACAAUGUGUACGCUGUAUACAAGUCAACUCAAGACCCCACUGUUGGGUCUCAGAUGUGGGUGAUGCCGUUUAUUCUGCUGAACUCCCUCGUCGCCGGGGUGAUGAUGAUUGUGGCCUGUAUGAUAAGUGUAGGCUUCGACAACACGUGUCAGUCGUACAGAGAAAUCUCAAAACAGGACAGUUGUGCCACAGCAGAAAAGAAGCAUGUGAGAUCAGCGUGCAGUGGACCCGAAGAUGAAAAAGAAUAUGACUCAGGGAGUUUUUUUAAACUCUUUCAUGUCGCAGAGGUGGCUGCCUGGUUGUGUUGGUUAAUCUGGGUUGCUCUGGUUGUGUCUGGUAUUGUCCGAGCCAUUCGUAACCGACGACAGCGAACCAAAGGAAAAUCGGAGGACAAGGAAAACUUCGCGGGAAAGAAUCCCACUGCUUGAUGAUUGGGAGUUAAUUAUCGUAAAAGCAAACUGGCAAAGAUUUCUUUUUGUUACAUGGAUUUACUAUUACAGUUUUUGUAUAUCUUUCUUUGUUAU